AUGGAUGCUGAGCUGGAAUUUGCUAUCCAGUCCAACACGACCGGCAAGCAGCUCUUCGACCAGGUUGUCAAAACUAUUGGACUGCGAGAAAUAUGGUAUUUUGGGCUGCAGUACACGGACACAAAAGGGUUUCCUACUUGGCUGAAGUUAAACAAGAAGGUGCUGUCACAGGAUGUGAAGAAAGAUUCCACUCUCAUGUUUAAAUUCCGUGCCAAAUUCUAUCCAGAAGAUGUAGGAGAGGAAAUUAUUCAGGAUGUUACAUUGGUACGUUUGAGUACUUUUUUUUCCUGCCUGGAAAUUAUAAUGACCUUGUAG